AUGCUCUAUAAUGCGAUCGCAAGUGCACGGAGGAGGGGAUUUGUUGGGCCCCGUCGCGCAUCACUAUUGGCGGCUGAGGCAUUCCGCCGUGUGAAAAUCCCUGCGAAGCCAGUUCGACUGGCCAAGCGCCGUGAUCCAGUCGCGGCGGCGCAGGCGCCGAUGGGCGACAAGGUGGACUACGAAGAUCAGGAUGCCGAUGAAAACUCUAAGCCGCUACAAGUUGCAGCGCUUUUCUCAAGCCGUCGCUACUCUUCAAAACAUUCCGUGCGAUCUGUCUCCUCAGAGGAUGUACGAUACACUAACAUCAAAACGCUAUUCAAGGACUUCUGCAAUAGGACGAGUUCUCACGGAGUCCCAUUUUUGGGUUCUCCGUCUUUCUUUGGAUGGCGGGUUUGGAUGGUGGUAUGCUUCUGUGCCGCCACUCUUUUCCUGUUCCAAACCUACUGGACACUAUCGGAAUAUUUUCAGUACAGAACAAUAAUAGAGAUGCAGUUAAGGUUCGAAGCAGCUCCUUUCCCGGCAGCUACGGUAUGUAACUUGAACGCAUUCAAAUACAGUGAGCUUAUACAGUACGAGGAAAUUAAAGAAGGGUUUGACUACUGGGAAAGAGUGAUUAACGCACGAGAGAUGAACGAAAUGCUUCGAAACGAUGCUAUGAUGGUUGACCUAAGGCAAAAACGUUCACCAUUGAAUUUUCCAAUUGAUGAGCAUGAACUGCAGGGAGCUGUCUAUCAACCUGUAUUUGUUCGGUGCACCUGUUUGAAUAGCGAACAAUGUGUGCCUAAUAGGAAUCCGUUGGAGGUAAACGCUUCCGUAUGCAUGUGCUUUGAAGAUGUUACUAAAGGACUCAUAUGGCCAUGCUACCCUACCACUGUGUGGACGGUUAAGAAAUGUUCUGGUUGCUCCGCUAUUUCGAACACAUGUCCGGAUCCUGACCACCACAACGUCACCGGUGUCAGCCAACCUUGCCUAUGUCAAAGCAUUUCGCAUCACUGCAUGGUACAUCCAAAGGAUGAGAUAAAAUGGUGGAAUCCAAACAACUACACUAUUUUUCCUGUAACAGAUCCUCCAACAACUGUGGUGACGGAGACUGAACAAGCUUUUGGGCUAUCGGAACUGAAAGAUAAAGCUUUACCACGAGACACACGCAAGAAUCUUUCCUACACACUUAAUGAAUUUGUUCUCCGGUGUUCUUUCAAUAGUAAGGAUUGUAAUAUGGAUCGAGAUUUCAAACUUCACGUUGAUCCUGAGUAUGGGAAUUGUUAUACUUUUAACUUUAAUGACUCUGUAGAACUUAAGAAUAGCAGAGCUGGACCGAUGUAUGGACUGCGUUUACUGCUUGACGUUCACCAAGACGACUACAUGCCUACCACUGAAGCAGCUGGUGUUCGCAUCGUUGUGCACGAACAAGAUCAGGAACCGUUCCCAGACACUUUCGGCUAUAGUGCUCCUACGGGUUUUGUGUCCUCUUUUGGUCUCAAAACGAAGGUUCUUCAUCGGAUGGAUGCUCCUUACGGGUCCUGCAGCGAUACGUUCCGUCCAGAGCGAUACAUUUACGAAGAGCAUUAUUCACCAGAGGGUUGUCAUCGAAAUUGCUUCCAGCUGAAAGUUCUUGAUGAAUGUGGAUGCGGAGAUCCACGAUUUCCGUUGCCGUCUGAUGAGAAACGAUAUUGUAGCGCGAAAAGCGUUGUCGACAGACAAUGCCUUUCGAACCUUACUAGUGCUUCUGGAGGAUACCAUCAUUUACAGCUGGAAUGUGACUGUCGCCAGCCAUGCACUGAAAAUGUGUUUGAAACUGCUUACUCAGCAGCUGCCUGGCCAUCUGUGAACUUCAAGAUUGGUGUCGAUUGUCCGGCCGUACUUGACAUCUUCAACGACACCGAGGCGUGCACGGAAUAUUACCGAGUGAACACUGCAUACAUCGAGAUCUACUAUGAACAGCUAAACUUUGAGACACUCAAGGAGACGGCCGGCUAUACCAUGGUCAAUCUGUUCUCUGACUUUGGUGGUAACAUUGGUCUGUGGAUUGGAUUUUCCGUGAUCACCAUCUGUGAAAUCAUCGAGCUUAUUUUCGAAAUUGGCUACUAUUUGUUGUAUAUCAAGCCAGUACGAUAUCAUAAGAAGGUGAAGCGAAGGAAUCAAGAAGAAAAUUUGAGUCUUCCUCAAUUGCUGGACCGACACGUCUAUCAUGGAAAAUAUGGAUUGAAGAACCAGAGCCGCAUGAAACAAGAGAAAGACGGUUACGGCUGA